GUUAAAUAAACAUACUAUUCCGAAGGAUAAUAUACACUUACUAAACUUAAAAGUGUUGAGAGAAGGUUCAUCCACAUUAUUUCCAAGUCUCAGUGAGCUUUGUUGGUUGGAUCUCUCUUACUGUGAAUCACUCAUAAGCCUUCCAAUCGACCUUUUGAAAUUGAAAUUUCUCAAAAGACUUUACCUCCGUUUUUGCUUGAAUUUAGAGGAGUUCCCAGAAAUUGAGGAGAUAUCAGAAAAUUUAUCGAUGCUUAUCUUAGACGAAACGGCAAUAAAGGAACUGCCUUCAUCCUUGCACAAUUUAGUUGGGCUUGAAGAAUUGAGCUUACACAAUUGCUCAAUGCUCGAGGUUAUUCCUUCUUGCAUUGGAAGUCUCAACAAACUUUGUAAGUUAGACCUCACCUGCUGUGAAUCUCUUGAAACUAUUCCAAGCAGCAUUUUCAAAUUGAAGUUAACAAAAUUUGAUUUGUAUGGCUGCUCAAUGCUGAAGACCUUCCCAGAGAUCUUGGAGCCUGCAGAAAAUUUUGCUCACAUUAGCUUAACAAAAACAGCAAUUAAAGAACUUCCUUCAUCGCUGGACUAUUUGGUGGGGCUUCAAACCUUGCGCCUUAAUUUGUGCAGAGAUAUUGAGCUUCUUCCAAACAACAUCAGUAACAUAAACCUUCUCUCUAAGCUUGAUUUUUCAGGUUGUGACAAGCUAUCAGAAAUUCCAAGUGAUAUUGGUCGCUUGUCAUCACUCCGAGAAUUGUCAUUUCAUGAAAGUGGUAUUGUUAGCCUUCCUGAGAGUCUUGUUCAUCUUUCAAGCUUGAAAUCACUUGAUUUAACCGACUGUAAAAGACUUGAAUGUAUCCCAGAGCUACCACCAUUUCUGGAGCACUUGUGGGCUUUUGAUUGUCCAUCCAUUAGGAGAGUGUCAAGUUCAAGUACUACAAUUUCAUCACAUUGCAAAGAGGGUCAUCAACGUAUCUUCAAAUUUCAUCUCACUAAUAGUCAAGAGCUAGAUUCAAGUGCUCAAAGUAACCUUGCGGCUGAUGCACAGAUGAGGAUCCUUCAGGGUGCAUAUAGAUCCGUGUUCUAUUGCUUUCCAGGGAGUGCAGUUCCUUCUUGGUUCCCUUACCGUUGCGAAGGACAUUCAGUGACUCUGAAUACAGAUUUGCUAAACUGGUGCAAUGAUAAUAGGCUCAUUGGGUUCGCUCUAUGUGUCGUUUUGGGACUUGAAGAUAUGCAUGAUGAAGAAAGAAGAGAUAGAGUUUUUAGCUAUAGAUUUGUAGUUGAAUCUGAUGAUGGUAUACACAUAUUUCCUAGCAAUGAUCAGCUGAGAUACUAUUUCAGGUGGAAGGGUGAACAGAGAUUUAUUGUCCCUGAUCACACAUUCCUCUGGAAAUAUCACUUGGAUUCUUCAAUUGUUAGUCAAAUGCUCUCUCGUCGUGUUCACAAAUUCACAUUUGAGAUAUGCAGAUAUAAUGAUGGUUUAUAUAGGCUAACGAAUGGAGCAGAUUUCAAGGUAAGAAAGUGUGCAAUAUGUCCUCUUUAUAAGAAAGAGAAAGAUGAUAAUGAUGUUGCUGGUAACUGUUCCAACAAUAUUCAAUGAUCCUCAAAUGGUGGCUACGAAUUUACAUUCUCCCUGAUUGGAGCAUUAAGAUGAUAUUUGAUAACUGAUUUUGAGUAUUUGUUGUGUGCUACUAGAAGAUUGAUGAUUAAGUGAAGUUGAUUGUAAUGUAAUUCAAUCCAUUUUUCUUGUAUAUAGCAAUGAUUAUUAACACUAUUAGUAAUUAUUUGCUCUAAAUUUGUGUGACCUAUGUAAUUUGUUUUGUUUUGACUUAUAUAAUUGUGUAGAGAAUUGAAUAUUUGGUAAAAUGCUUGAGUUCCUAAUGCACUCAAGUAAUUUGAUUAUAUACACACUAGAGAGUAAAUACAAGAUAAGAUUUUCAAGGAUGUUGCUAGUUCCUAGAUGCAUGUAUGUAAUUUUCUAGGCAUAGACUCCUAGGUACAUGUAUUGACUCCUAAAUACAAAUUUAUAAUUCCAAUAUUUUAUAAUUCCAACACUCCCCCUCAAGCUGGUGAAUGGAUAUCAAUCAUUCCCAGCUUGCAAGUCAAUUGAUUGAAACGAUCAGGUGGCAAGCCUUUUGUUAACACAUCUGCUAGUUGAUGCCUAGAAGGAAUGUAGGAUGUAGCUAUUAAACCAUUGUCUAGUUUUUCCUUGAUGAAGUGGCGGUCAAUCUCAAUGUGUUUGGUCCUGUCAUGCUGAACAGGAUUAUGAGCAAU